ACAAAAGUCAAGAGAAUACCGGAAGAAAGGAAAAUGAAAGAGCCAAAAAACUGGAGAGGAGCUGGGAGAGUAGGAGCCGAUGACCAGAACUCCGGAAGGCAGAAAUAGGCGGGAGAUUUGCUGAGUUUUAUUUUAGACAUUUGAAUCUGAGAAUGUACGUCCGCCGCUGUCGCCUCCCCAAAUAGAAAUCUCUGCUAACCCGUUUUCAGCAGAUUGGACUUGCAUAGCAUGAUGAGUAGUGGUUACCAGCAUCCAUCUCCAAGUCAUUCUAGCCUCUCUAAUGCUAGUGUUACUUGUUUAGGUUGCAAUGGGGUAUGUAUGAUGAGUAACAGCUGGAGAGAUGAGCAACACCCAUCAUUUCUUAAUUUUGUUUCCAGCUUCUUACACGAAAAUUCUUUUCGUCUGAAUUUUGUCCCAAUAACACCGGAUAUUAUCAUUAACUGUGGGGGUUUGUCUAUUGCAUUCAUUUUUCUAACAAAUUGGGACAGUAUGAAAACAGAAUCGUUCUUUUGCAGAGUAAAGAAGCUAAAAGAGCAAUUUGCAAACUUUUAUGUGGUUGUGACCCUUCCAACUAAAGAACAAAAUGAUUGUUUCAAUUGUUCUUACUUCAAGUACAAUAUGGAACUUGGAAAGCCAACUUUUAUUCCAGUACGAGAUUUAGAGAUGGGGUGGGAAAAAAUUGUGAAGAUUGCACAUGCUCGUGGGGUGUGCAAAAAGCAACAUGCUGUAGAAAUGAUGAAAGCAGAGAAGGAAAAGUCGGUUCAAUCAAUGGAUGCUUAUCUCAGAGUGGUCACUUCAAUUCCUGGCAUUGACAAGCAUGAUGCAAACGCAGUAAAACAAAAACAAAAGCAGACUUUCCUUAGCAUUGGUUAUCCUUCUCCAGUAUUUCCUGAGAUAAUGAGAUCCAAACAUACCCUACAAGCUCUGGCAUGGCUUAAGCAAGCAAUCGGGUCAAUUGAAGCAAUAGCCAAAGCAUCAAAGGAGUGUAUUCUGGAAAACACAGACCUUUCAGUUGAUAAAGCUGAGAGAAUAUCAUUGUUUUUCAGGGAUCCGAAGUACUUCCUUCGUCCUAAAAUCGGUUGAGUUAUAAUGCAAAAGUGAUGAGAUUGAAUCCAGGAUUACCUUACAUUUAUGGUGAGAACGUUUAACUUGAGUGUUGGAACAAAGACUUCCUGAGUUCCGCCUGGGAAGCAAGCAUGCUUUAUUGGCUUAUUUGAUUUAAAGGGGAAUUUUAUCCUCUUCCUUAGUUAUUUCAAAGAGCAAACUAUUUCUAGGCUACAGGGACAAGUACAAUACUUCAGAAAGAUAUAGGGGGGAGUUAUUAACUAAUGCUUCCUAUUUUCAAAAAUAAAAUAAAAUAAUGCUUCCU